AAAUACCGGAGAAGACGGCAAUAGUUUCCAUUCGCUUGUGGAAGAUGGCGGCAGAGGGUGCUUUCGACUAUCCUCUGAUAGUCGAGGGCGAAUGGGAUUUGGACGACGCUAAGUUUUUAAGAAAUAAACUGCAGAUUUAUUUCCAAAGCAAGAAGAGAUCUAACGGCGGAGAAUGUAUCGUGGAAUAUAACGAUCCUGCCUCAAACCGAGCAGCGGUGCGCUUCAUUAGUGACGAAGUAAGGUCCCUUGUAUUGGAGAAGAAAACUCACCAGGUUGAUCUGCAAGGGAAAGGGAUUAUCAAUCUUACUGUCAGACUUCCAUCUGAGACAGCUGUGGGCAAGGAUGAGACAGGAGCAACACAGACUCCAGAACAAAAUAUUGUGGUUUGCAAAGGAAACCAACCCACUCCAGGAAAAGAAAAACUGACUGAGCAACAUCUUCCGGAUGAAAAGAGAACAAUUAGUGGAAUAUUGUCUAGUGACAAUGUAAGCGAUAACAGUCUCCGAAAACACUUUGAAAAUUUCAUUACCAGUGGUGGGUCCCUCGCAUUCUUCAGCCGAGAGGGCAGAAAUAUAACAGUGUCCUUUGAAAGUGUUGAAGAUACUCAAGGAGUGUUGAGACAAAGAGUCCAUUCUGUGGAGAAUAUUGAGUUAAUAGUGAAGACUUUUGAUCCUAAAAGGAAUUUUUCACAAUCCUCGGCUGUUCUGCUACAUAAUCUUCCUAAAAAUGUUACGUGUGAAUUUUUAUCUCUGUUUGUUGAAAGAUUGACUAAUUUGGAAGAACUAUUUGAUGACUUCAGUUUGGAAAUAAUAACUGAUAUGGACGCAGCUGUCAUCACCUUCAAAACUGACAUUGAUCUCUCGGAAUUUAUUCAAAAAUGUUCUCACAAUUUUCUAAAGCAGCAAAAAAUUGGAGCGAAGAUGUUGGAAAAAGCUAGGAGUUUACGAGUGGAGAACCUGCCUUCUAGCAUCAGUGAAGAUAUUCUAAAACUAUACUUUGAAAGUGCAAAAACUGGAAAUGGAAUAGUAAGCUCCGUAGAAAUGAUACCGGAGCAUAAUGCAGCUGUGAUCUCUUUUGAAGAUUCUGAAGUUCUAGAUGUCAUUCUGUCUAAAGAACACAAGAUUUCUGAAACCCCAAUUUAUGUCUAUCCUUAUUAUGAAUCUAUUGGAUCAGCUUUAUAUGGGAACAAAAGACCAGUAGUGAAAAUGCCUGAUUCCUUUAUGUUUGAAAUUGAUUCCUACAUUCUACACUUUCUUCAACAAGAUAAAAAGCGAGUUGCUGAAAUCACGGACAGAAUGUCCUCGUGCCACUGCAAUAUUGCAUUCCCAGAAUCAGGCCAAUCAAACUUGGUCAGUGUUUCCCCGGCACUUUCCAAGCAUUCGAGUUCAUUUGAGAAUCUUGCAAAGAACUGGAAAAAGGAGGCUUCAGAUCAUUUCGCUUCUGUUCUGUCAAAGUACAAGACUAAUACAAACGACACAAAUAAAUCAGUUUGGGAAAUAAUUCAGAAUGAUUUGCGUCAACAUUUGAACCAAAAUGUUGUUGUUAUUCCAGACACUUCAAAGGGAAAAGUAAUCAUCACUGGCAUUGCUGAGAGUGUAGACAUUCUACAACAAACAUUUGUAUCGAUUGUGAAUGAUGCCAUUAAAAAAUUAGAAAGGGAAAAACAAAGUAUGACUGAGGUAGUGGCAAUUCCUCCAGCUAAAUAUGAUUUAUUAUUAAACAAUGGUCUUGAAAGCCAUUUUACCAAACAAUUUCCAAAUCUUAACGUGAACUACAGCCCAGCUGCAUGCCAUUUAAUAUUACAUGGUUUGUCUUCGGAUGUUUAUUGUGCCAAAAGCAAGAUAUUAGAACAAGUCAUUGCGAUGAAGGAAAAACAGAUUAAUCUGGACCCUUGUCUUGUUGACUUUCUACGAAAAGUACACUACAAAGAAGUUUCCUCCCACCUUUUUACAUCGAAGGGAAUCAAUGCUGCAUUUGACAUUCAGGGCAACUCUGUUGUGGUGAUAGGCAGUGAAGACACUGUGUGUGAUGCAGAAAAGCAAAUCAAAAGACAUCUCACUUCUAAAUGUAUUGAGAUACAAGACAUAAGUGUCAUUAGAAAGAAUGAAUGGACAGAUAUAAAGGGAAAAUUAGAUAAAGCAUUGAAUUCCCAAAGUAGACAGGUUGAAAUUGAAGAGAAAACCCUAGACAGGCAUGCACAGAUUAUUAUCUCUGGCUACUCGGAUGCAGUCUGCAAAGCAUUUGAAAAGCUCAGUGAAUUUGUCAAAAAGAACACAAUCAUUCAAAGAAACAUUCCUUUUAAAUCUUGUGGAGUGCUGCACUUUUUGAAGGCCUUUGAGAAAAUGAAUGUUCCAGGUGUUCAAAUAGAAGUGUAUGACGAGGAAAAUAAUGCAAAUGUUUCUGUCAUUGGUCCUGAGGAGAAUGUCUGUCAGGCAGAGCAUAUACUUAUGAAUCAAGCUUCCAAAAUAGUUAGUAAGAUGUUCCAAAUGAACACACCAGGAGUAAGGCAGUCUUACAAAGAAAAUGAAGAAUAUUUUGUUUCCACAGCAAAGAGAAAGUUUUGUUGUAUUGUAAGACUGAUUGAGCACAUGGAAGGUAAUGGUGACUUACGCCAGACUUCCUGUAAAUUUCAGAUGCCUAAUGGACCUGUCAUUACUGUUUAUAAAGGAGACCUAUGUAAGACUCACGUUGAUGUGGUUGUCAAUGCCUCAAAUGAAGAUCUGAAGCAUAUUGGAGGUCUUGCAAAAGCUCUGUCAGAUGCAGCUGGAACAGCGUUGCAAAAAGAGUGUGAUCGCAUUACUGACCGUCGAGGAUCUCUUAGGCCUGGUGAGGCCGUUCUUACUGAAUCUGGCAGACUACCAUGUUCCGCAGUGAUCCAUGCAGUUGGUCCAAGGUGGUCAGCCACCGAUCCAAACACAGCAAAAAUGAGAUUAAGAAGUGCCGUGGAGAAGAGUCUACAUCUAGCAGAAACUUAUAACUUUAAAUCUAUAGCAAUCCCUGCUAUUAGUUCUGGAAUAUUUGGAUUUCCUCUGGAUUUAUGUGCUGAAAUAAUUGCCAUAACAGUCAGGGAACACUUUGCAAACUUACAAGGAGGGAGUACACUCAGUGAGAUCCACUUGGUAAAUAAUGAUGCUAAAUCUGUCCAUGCUGUUUCUGAUGCUGUUCAGAAAAUAUUUGGUGACCUGAUAAGUAGUUCAGCUUCACAGCAGGUCAGGAUUGCCUCAGGCAACAUGAGAAAGAGAAGUAUUCAAUGUCUCCAUGAAGCCCAAACUAAAGAAGGUCUAAACAUCCUUGUCGUCAAAGGAAAUAUUCAAGAUAUGACAGCUGGUGUCAUCGUCAAUGUCAUUGGGAUGGAUCUAGACCUUUCUUCAGGCGCAGUUUCCAGAGCAAUAUUAGAGAAAGCCAGCCCAAGCCUCCAACAAUUACUGUGGGAGGAAGGGCAGAGAAAACAGCCUUUCUUAGGAAUGGUAUAUGAAACUCAAGGAUGUAAUCUUGACUGUAGUGAAGUGUAUCAUACUGUUGUUCCUCAUUGGAAAGAAAGGAAUUCAGAAAGGGUCUUGAAAGACAUAAUCAAAGAUUGCCUGAAGAACACUGAAGGAUCGCGGCAGGAUUCCAUCGCAUUCCCGGCAAUUGGUAGUGGCAAGCUAUGUUUCCCAAAGGAUGUUGUUGCAAAUGUAAUGCUUAAAGCAGUUCUGAAGUUCAGUUCUGAGAGACGGUCAGCUCAUCUUAAGAAAGUUUACUUUGUGGUACAUCCUGAAGAUCGUCUUGUUAUUCAGGCAAUGUCUCAGGAAUUCCAAAAGGUUUUUACAAAGCAGCCAAAAACUGCAGUUCCUACUGAUCAGCCGAAAUCCACAGGUCUUUUCAUUGGAAAUCUAUCUGAGACGGCACCUGGUCAGGCUGAAAUGCCAGUAGGACCAAUCUUACUACAAGUGGUAUCAGGAGAUAUAACAAAGGAGAGCACAGAUGUCAUUGUCAACUCAUCAAAUGCCAAUUUUACUCUAAAAGCAGGUGUCUCCAAGGCGAUUUUAGAUGCUGCUGGUCCAACUGUGGAAGCUGAGUGUCAUCAGAAAGGCUCACAGGCAAACAGUGCAACAAUAAUAACCACUGCAGGAAAUCUGCAGUGUCAAGCUAUAAUUCAUAUGGUUGGACAAACAGAUCCAACUAAAAUCAAAGCUACAGUUGGUGAAGUUCUUCAGCUCUGUGAACAACUGAGAUUUUCCUCAGUUGCUUUCCCUGCCAUUGGUACAGGACAAGGAAAUGUCAACCCUUCCCAAGUUGCUGAUGCAAUGAUUGAUUCAGUUGUGGAAUUUAUACAGAAGAAACCUCCAGCUUCUUUACAGAAGAUUCGCAUCGUAAUUUUUCAACCUCAAAUGUUAAGUGAAUUUCACGAAAGGAUGAAAAUGCGUAAAGGAUCUAAUAUUCCAGUUAAUGAAUCUCUAAUGAAAAAGAUUACAAAUGCAAUUACAUCAGCAUUUUUUGGGGAACCAAAGAAAGAAAAUGCAGCCUCCUUCAUUGAAGAAAAUAUCGAAUUCAAAGAUGGGAUAGAGACAGCUCAUUUUGAGAUUUGUGGAAACAAUGUACAAACUAUUGAAAAUACUAUAUCCUUCAUAAAAAAUAAGCUUUCAAAAGAACAGAGUGAAGAAGUUAUUGUUAAUGAUUUCUUAUUUAAAUUCUCUGAAAAUGAAUGUGAAGAAUUACGUCGUCUUCAGAAAAGUCUUCAAAUCUCUUUGGAACUACAACGUAACCAGUCUGGAGCUCAGAUAAAAAUCUGUGGUAUCACAAAGGAUGUUCUGAAUGCCUUUACAAAAAUUCAGGAAAUGAUUGACAACACCAGAAAAGAAGAAUCUGAAAAAAGAGAUGAGGAACUUGUCAAAAAUUUGGUUGAAUGGCAGUUUGAAGAUGGCAGUCAAUUCACAGCAUUUGACAGUACUACAAACCUGAUACUGGAAAAGGCGUUCACUGAACAAAAGGCUAAAUUUACUUUCAAAUUUCGCGGCCAACAAUGUGCUGUGGAUUUGAACAAAAAUACUGCAAGGGUCAAUGGACAUGAGAUGAAUUUGAAAAGGAUUUCAAAAUCUGAAGGAAUGCAAAUUGAUAGCCUACCAAAACAUUGGGAUGGCAUGCAGAGUUUACAAAAUAAAUCUGUGGAGCUGCAACAGAAUUCCAAAGAAUAUCAGGAUGUAGCACAAUCAUUCAAAGCAACUGCUGUGCAAUUUCAGAUUGUAAAGAUUGAAAGACUUCAAAACCCAAGUCUUUGGAAGAAUUAUAUGAUUAAAAAACAACAGAUUGAUAACAAAAAUCCACCUGGAACUAAUAAUGAGAGGAAUUUAUUCCAUGGAACAGCAUCAGAUUCACUCAAGUUAAUCAAUUGCCAUGGAUUCAACCGGAGCUAUGCUGGAAGGAAUGCUGCAGCACUUGGGAAUGGCACCUAUUUUGCCAUAAAUGCAAACUAUUCUGCUAGCAACACUUACGCAAAACCUGACACAAAUGGAAUGAAGUACGUGUAUCGCGCUCGAGUACUAACUGGAACCUACUGUCUAGGGCGGAGUGGAAUGGUCGCACCCCCUUCGAAAAGUUCAAAUAAUCCAACAGACUUGUAUGACAGCGUUGUGGAUAACACAACAAUUCCUUCUAUGUUCAUCAUUUUCAGUGACAUUCAAGCUUACCCAGAAUAUUUAAUUACUUUCAAAUAACUAAACUAUUUCAGAUAUGAAAACAUCAUAUUGGAAUUUAAUUUUUCUGUAAUUCUUCCAUUGAAUUCCACUGUUGAAAUCAUAACUUUUGAUUUUGGGGUCGUAACGUUGAACAACUAAUGAAAAGGUUGAGUGUUUAUUGUCUGAGAUACACUUUCAAUUCUAGAUACUAUUGAGAGGUACAGUGAGUGGAUAGUUGACUACAUUGCUUGGUAUGAAUGCAAUAUCCCUAAUGCUAACUUCUUCUGAUCUCUCUGCAUAGAGAGAAAGCACAUAUAUGUUAGAAAUAAAAGUUGUAAAUGAUAAGCACACCUUAAAUUAGACAAACAUGUAUAUUGCUCAGAGCACAUAUGCUAAUCUGUUGAUCUAGUUUUUUCACUGAUGGAAAGAAUUUCCCAUCCCUACUUGCUGCAGAACUGAGAAGACAAUAAUGAGCCAACCACUUGGAUGGGCCUGGAGUCAUAUACGUACAUAUUAAACCAGAUACACUUUUACAUGUAAUCUGUCAGUUUCACAGCAACUGUUUCUGAUUGAAGCUUUUUAUUAAAGACAUAUUGAAUCAUUUGAAUUGAAAUUUAUCAACUGUCAUGCUAUGAUUCAUUUAAAAAAAGUACAUGGAAAGGUGUCUUAUUGAGGAUAGAGGAAGCAAAGGCAGAUCUGGAUUUUCCACUAAACAGCAAGAGUUCUUCAGAGAAUCAAUCCCACAUCUCACAACAGCCUGUCGGUCUAUGACCUCUGAUACUGUCAAAGUGAGGACAGAUAUCAAUUAGAGGAAUAGCACCUCAUAUUCCAUCUUGGUAAUCUCCAAAUGAUGGCAUGAACAUCAAUUUCUCCAGCUCCUGGUAACCAUUCCUUUCUGUCUCAGCCUUUUGUCUUCCCGUUCCCACUGGCCCCGUUACCGCUUCUUUUUCUCUUGGCUUUUCAAUUUCCCAUUACAUACACAUUCCUCCCUUCAGUUCUUUGCUCACUUCCUUUCCUUUAUUCUAUGGUCCACCUGCCUUUCCAUCUUCAGCCCUUUGUCACUUCCACCUAUCACUUCGAAACUUAUUAUAACCACUCCCUUCACCUACUGCCUAUCUCCUGCAUCUCUACUGGAUUUACCUAUUACAUGCUAGCUCCCUGUCCACCCCCUCCCUCCACCCUUCUGUUCUGGCUUCUCCCCUGUUCCUUUCCAGUCCUGAAUCUGUAGAUGCUGCCUGACCUGCAGUGCCUACUGCAUUUUCUGAGUUGCUCCAGAUUUCCAGCAUCUACACAGAAUUCUUAUAUCACCACAUUAGACUUAUAGAUUGAGCUGCUGCUGACCUGAAACUUUUUUUUUAAAAAAGAACCUUGCAUCUUUAAGAGGAGGGUGUUGAAUCUCAGUCUGUGCUCCUUUUCUGUUCUCGUCCUUGAUAAAAAUUCACACUUGGAAAUUG